AUGGAGCCACCAACUGGACAGAGGAGAGCGGGGUGGAUGCACACACCGAAAUGUGUUGGAGAGACGGGAGAGAGUACAGAAGAGGCUACUGGAGAGAGAGUACAGAAGGGGUUACUGGAGAGAGAGUACAGAAGAGGAUACGGGAGAGAAAGUACAGAAGAAGCUAUUGGAGAGAGACAGGAGAGAGUACAGACGAGGCUACUGGAGAGAGAGUACAGAAGAGGAUACUGGAGGGAGAGUUCAGAAAAGGCUACUGGAGAGAGAGUACAGAAGAGGCUACUGGAGAGAGAGCAGAGAAGGGACUACUGGGGAGAGAGUACAGAAGAGGCUACUGGAGAGAGAGUACGGAAGAGGCUACUGGAGAGAGCACAGAAGGGACUACUGGGGAGAAAGUACAGAAGAGGCUACUGGAAAGAGAGUACAGAAGAGGCUACUGGAGAGAGAGCACAGAAGGGACUACUGGGGAGAGAGUAG